CUCGGUGGUCAUUUUUAAGCUUAGAAUUUUGCACUUAGUUUUGCAAUAGUACAAUUCUCAUUGGCAUCACUUGUCUGUCUGGAUUUCCAGUUUGUAGUUAAUGAGUUCACAUAUCUAGUAAGAAAGGGAAAUUUGAAAUAUAUAGAAUUUAUAUUCCACACGAGUCACAACCACAUCCAUAUAUAUCAGAAACCAAUACGUUUGUCUUUUUGCUUCUACUGUUACAUGUAUAGAUAACGUGGUAGCUGAUACACCCUCGGAGAUAUCAUACUUAAGGUUCAUAUUCAGUUUCGUUAUGACUAAUAUAUCAAUUCUUUAACAGAUAUUGUCUGUUCUUAAGCUCGAGAAAGGCGACCAAAUGCCUGAAGAUUAUGCCAAAACCUUUCAAGAGUCUGUUGCAGUUUUUCAGUAUGCUCGAAUAUAUGAUACCAAUGCCAAAGAACUGAAACACAUGAAGCCUCUUCCACAAAAUUUUAUUGAGUCACAUGAUGGGAAUCUCGAUUUCUUGGGGCCAGAAAUUCCCCCAUCUAUAGUCAAAGCAAUUGCUGAAGGAAACUUGAAUCCAUCAACUAAGAAAGCCUUUGAUAAGUCUGAAUCUUCUAGAUUUCCUCUGCACCCCAAUGAUCUCCAAAGCCUUGAUCAAGUUCAGAAAGCUGAAGUUCCUACACCAUCUAGGCCAAAGAAUAGCUUUUCAAUCAUUGCUUCCCAGUACACCAGAGAAAAUAGUACAGUGACAAGGCUCUUAGAUGAAGAGAAGUAUUCCAAUGAAUUCUUGGACCUUAGAAAACUAAUCAUGCCUUUGGGAACAAUUAGAACAGAAGAAAAGACAACUGUAUCUGAUAACACUCCUUUGAAGGUUCCUGAUAACAAUCCAUUUAGGAUAAGAAGAAAUGAUGAAAGAUAUCAGACAAAGGACAAUGUUGAAAACAUUUCUUUUGCAAGCAGCUUGGAAUAUACUGACUUGUGCAUGUCUCCAGAUAACUUUCAAGAAGAGGGGUCUGACGGGAAUCUCUUAAAGAAAAGAAAAAUUCAGAACACUUUAUCAGAUAAAGCUGAAGCCACCUGUGAACCGGUUUCAGUAGUGACUGAAGCUGAAAAAUCUGAUGUUGUAUGUUUGACAGUGGAAUCCCCAGAAAGUGUAACUUCUGAGACUAAGAUAAUUGCUGAUUUGAAAGGGAGAAGUGAAAGUAAAAAGAAAUCCAAUAGAAGAAGCAACAGCAAGAAAACGGGGAGUAAUAACAACAGAACGCUUUUGCAUUUCUUUUCUAGAGUGUAAUCAUUCUAAAUGUGUCCAUGUCCAUGUUUUUUGCUGAGGCAAGUUUGACUUUAUUUCUCAGAGCUUAAUAGUGAGAACUAUCAAUUAAUUAUAACUUAAUAGAAAUUAUUCUUA